AUGAAAGCACUAGUGAUAACUGUACCAGGUGGCCCAGAAGUGCUGCAAUUACAAGAAGUUGAAGACCCGCAAAUGAAAGAAGAUGAAGUCUUGAUUAAAGUAGAAGCCACAGCCUUGAACAGGGCCGAUAGUCUCCAAAGACAAGGCAAGGAUCCACCUCCUAAAGGAGCCAGCCCGUAUCCUGGUCUUGAAUGUUCAGGGACUAUUGAAGCUGUCGGAAAAAAUGUUUCCCGCUGGAAAAUUGGCGAUCAGGUUUGUGCUCUUCUUAGUGGAGGAGGUUAUGCAGAGAAAGUGGCUGUUCCAGCAGGACAAGUGCUUCCUGUUCCACAGGGUGUUUCCCUUAAGGAUGCUGCCGCUUUGCCUGAAGUAGCAUGUACUGUUUGGUCAACUGUUUUCAUGACGAGUCAUCUGUCUGCUGGGGAAACGUUCCUGGUUCAUGGGGGCUCUAGUGGAAUUGGUACAUGUGCAAUUCAGAUAGCUAAACAUCAAGGGGUUAAAGUGUUCAUGACAGCAGGGAGUGAGGAAAAACUAACCGUUUGUAAGGAUCUUGGAGCUGAUGUGUGCAUCAAUUACAAGACCGAGGACUUUGUGGCACGAGUGAAGGAAGAAACUGGUGGGAAAGGUGUUGAUGUUAUUCUGGAUAGUAUUGGAGCACCCUACUUUCAGAAAAACGUGGACAGCUUAAAUAUGGAUGGGAGACUUUUUCUCCUUGGCUUCAUGGGUGGAGCUGUGACACAAGUAAAUCUGGCUUCUUUGUUUGCAAAGCGCGCCACAGUGCAAGCGGCUGGCUUGCGAUCUAGAACUCUGGAAAACAAAGCAGAAAUUGUUAGUGAGGUGGAGAAGAAUGUUUGGCCUGCAAUUGUUGCAGGCAAGGUGAAGCCGGUGGUGUACAAGUAUCUUCCAUUAUCUAAGGCAGCAGAGGGUCACCGGCUCAUGGAAAGUAACCAGCAUAUUGGGAAGAUCGUGCUUAGAGACAGGCAGUGCUCGGAAACAGCAGAGGCCACAGUGACCAUUGCCAAUAGUCCAAAACCAAAAAGGGUUCCAACUGGAAAAGAAAGGCCCAGAAUCAGAGAUGAUGAAGUCCUAAUUGAACUUAAAGGCCACAGAUCCUACCAAAGCAACAUAGCUCAGAAAAGGAAAGGAAAACACAAGUAG